AUCACCUUCUGCGGUUGCUCCAGGGUCCAGGAAAACUAUGUGCCCCCUUUUAGUGCACAGCAGCAGCAGCAGCAGCAGCAGCAGCAGCAGUAGCACCAGAAAGUAACGGAAGAUACGGGCCCUAGAGCUGGUGCAAAGUGUCGUGUCGUGAAAUCGGGCGUCAACACGACACAAGUAGACGAAAUAGACAAAUAGAGAACGGGGUUGAAGCAGCAGACACCAUGACACCACCGCAUGGAGCAGAAAAGGGUGUUGAACAAUAAAAAGAACGUUCAUUCGUAGCGCGUGGUGAAGGAAGACAAACGUAGAAGCGAAGGUAGUAGUAGCAGUAGUAGCCCGAGUGGUAGCAGCAGCUACCGCCACACGGGCGUAAAAUGGCUGAACAGCAGCAGCGGGAUGCGCUGUGUCCGCGGCUCAUCGACUACCUGGCGAUCGUGGGGGCCCGGGCGACGCACGUCAGCCGUUCCGGCAAUGGUGGCACGAUGGGCCCGGCAGGAUCCGCGACCCAGUCUUCCGUGCAGGUACGUAAAUUCGGGCGAAUGGGCCCCCCCCCCCCUUCAACUGGUCGAACUCAUCCGUUUGCACCCUGCCAGCUGCCGGAGUUACUGCGGCGCUAUCCACCGAUGGACCACGAUGACUUCCCGUUGCCACUGGAUAUGGUGUACUUCUGUCAGCCGGAGGGUUGUAUCAGCGUUGGCACCGGCCGCCGUACCGGGCCCGCCAUCCGCGACACCAGCUCGUUCGUGUUCGCGCUGACCGACAAGGACUCGGGCAAGACGCGGUACGGUAUCUGUGUUAACUUUUACCGCCCGAUCGAGAAGGUAACGGCCACGGGGUCGGCGGCCUCAGCGGCCUCAGCGGCAGCAGCAUACCGAGCGGGUGGGAGUGGUGUGGCGCACGGUAAGCAACCGGGUGCCGCCAACUCCUCGCUCCGGCGCGAAUCGUGGCGCAAAAGCAUGGAGAAAAGUUCGGACUCGGCGUUCUCGAGUGACUACCGGAGCAGCAACAUCGCACCGAGCGACUCGUCCGACCGGGACUGCCCGAGCCGGCGGGACUCGGAUCCGGCGCACGGUGGUGCUGGUGGUGCUGGUGGUGCCCAGUCCGGGCUGCUCGGUGUCGGUGGUGUGGGCCCGUCGGUGGACUCGGAGUCCGGCGGUAGCCAUUCGCCGUCACCGCGCGCUUCCCGGAAACGGUCCCGGAGCCGCAACCAUUCGCUCACCUCGCUCUGCAUCCUGUCGCACCAUCCGUUCCAGUCGAUCUUCCGCGAGUGUUUGCUCAUCCUCAAGCGGCUGAUCGAUGCGUGCAACGAGUCGUCGAGCCCGAAGCGGGCGUGUGGUGGACCGGGCGCGAGGGUGCCGGUGCGCGGUGACAGCGUGUGGAACGUGCUGACGAACCAGGCCUCCGAGGCGACCUCGUCCGUCGUGCUGCACGAUGUGCAGGAGAUUGAGACGUGGAUUUUGCGCCUCCUGUCGGCACCGGUACCGGUGCCGGGUUCUACUCGGCUAGAGCUGGAUGUGCUGUCGGCGCCACUCUACCAACCACUGGUGUUUGCCCUGCCCGACCAUACGCGCUUCACGCUGGUGGACUUUCCGCUGCAUCUGCCGCUCGAGCUGCUCGGGGUGGAGACGUGCCUGAAGGUGCUGACGUUGAUACUGCUCGAGCACAAGGUGAUCAUACAGUCGCGCGACUACAAUGCCCUCUCGAUGUCGGUGAUGGCGUUCGUCCAUCUCAUCUACCCGCUGGAGUACAUGUUCCCGGUGAUACCGCUGCUGCCGACGUGCAUGGGCAGUGCCGAGCAGCUGCUGCUCGCCCCGACCCCGUACAUCAUCGGGCUGCCCGCCACCUUUCUUCUCUACAAGCGCAACUUCCGACUCCCGGACGACAUCUGGCUGGUCGAUCUCGAUUCGAACAAGCUGACGCCCGCGUCGGGCGAUAUGGAGACAAUACCGAUGCUACCGGAACCGGAGGGAGGCAUCCUGAAGAACCACCUCAAACAGGCACUGAGCUCGAUGAGCGCUGGCCACACAGCGACACAGUUGUCGUCGUCGUCGCUAGCGCACGGCAAGCCGCAUGGUGGCAACAACGGGAAGGAUUCUGGCGGGACCGGUACCGGGUUAGUCCUGCAACCUCCGCCCGGUCACUCGUCGGCCGCCGGCGCCACCACCGCCGGUAGCAGCACCAACGUUGCCUCGCAGCAACCGAGCCCGGUUGGCCUGGGACCGGGACCGGGACCGGCCGGGAAUCCGCUCAUCUUCGGUGCCGACGUUGACUCGGUGGACGUGGCGACCCGGGUCGCGAUGGUGCGCUUCUUCAACUCGCAGAACACGCUGGCCAACUUUACCGAGCAUACGCGCAUCCUGCGCCUCUAUCCCCGGCCGGUGGUGGCCUUCCAGAUCAACAGCUUCCUGCGGUCCCGGCCGCGUACCACCGCCUUCCUGAAUCGGUUCGCCCGGACGCAGGCGGUCGAGUGGUUGGCCGAGUGGUCACUGACACCCUCGAACGUGGCGUUUCUGCGCGUGCAAACGGGCGUCCUGGAUCCGGUGCAGGUCGGCGAUAAACCGAAGUGGUACGCCCACACCCUCACCCCGAUCCGGUUCCAGGUGUGGGAUGAGGCGAGCACCCUGAACGUGGCCCUGAAGCGUAUGCUCCGGCUCGAGAGCCAACCGACGGACGAGAGUGGCUCGGACUCGGACGGUGCGGACAGUACCAGCUCGUCCUAUUCGUCGCUCAGCGACUUUGUGUCCGAGAUUGUGUCGUCCGAUCUGUCGCCGAGCCUGCACGAGGUGUACGCUACCCAGCACCACCAUCACGUGGCCCCGAAGCAGCUUUCCUCGAAUCUGGAUCCACGGCUCGUCUACCGGCCGCCCAGUUCGCUUCGCUUUCCCGAGGGCAUGCAGCCACCCGGGGCCAGGUACGGUGCGCACGAUGAACGGCGAGAACAGGGCCGUGCUGGUGGUGCUGGUGGUGGUGGUGGUGGUGGAGUGUCCGGUGCUGGCACCGAUGGUACGUGCAGCGUUACGGGCCGACACGGCGACGACGACGACGACGACGACGAUGACGAUGAUGACGAUUCGGCCGAGUCUAGCUCGUCCAGCCGGUCCGAUCUUAGCUCGCCCAGCUUUAACCGCGAUUCGGAGUUUGAGUUUAAUCCCAAAACACGCAACGAGGUGCACUUGAUUGUGCGGCCGGAUCAGCAACAGCAACAGCAGCAACAGCAACAGAAUCCGCAGCUGCAACAACAACAACAACAUCCCCAGCCGCAGCACCAGCAGCACCAGCAACAGAGGAGCAGCUUCGAAAACGAAUCCGACUCCAACUCGACCACAACACCGAAGACGAUCGUCUCGAAGGAUAGUGCCGGUUCGCUCGAUACGGCCACGGCCGAAGUGGCGGCCGGCGGGAAGCAGCGGCCCGCCAAACUGGCGAAGAUAGUGCCACCGGUUUCGCCCAACUUUGGCCGCCAGCAGAGUGGGGCUAAUCUGCUCGCCCGCACCUCCAGCUCCGGGUCGACCGGGUCGGGGUCGAUCAGCCAUCCGCCGUCCCUUGGGUCGGCCGGUUCGCAGCGUCAGAGCUCGCAGGGUUCACUGUUUGAGGUGCUGACGUCGCAGGCGAAGGAGCUGGUCCGGGAGACGACCCGGCAGAGUAGCCAGGAUGGGCUGCUGGCACAGAUGGAUAAGUUGAAAGCGGUGGGCAAGGAGCUAGAGGAGGAUCUCAAGCUAUUAGCUCCCCUCGAGCAGCUCACUCUGCAGGCGAAGAAGGCGGCCGAGGAAGCCUCGAAACAGGCACUGGAAGCAUCCAAACAGGCGGCCGGCGUAAGCAAAAACACAAUCGAAGACCUAACGUACGUCGGCAAAUCGACGAUCGGUGAUCUGACCAAGUCGGCGAAGGAGGCCGCCGCUAAGAAGGGUCUACUGCAGCAACCCGGUUCCACACCCGGCUCCGGUGGCCCAUCCGCCAGCUCACCGACCGCCAGCACAGUCGCCACCACCAACCAGUCACUGUUUUCGUCGAUCACGAGUGACUUCAAUGGAAUCGCCCAAUCAACCUCGUCCAUGUUUUCCGACCUGUUUGGUGGUGGUAACAAGCAACGUCAGCACCAGCAGCAACAGCAGCUGCAGCAGCAGCAGCAACAGCAGCAGCAUCACCACCAGACGCAACAGCAACCGCAUGCCAAGCUGAAGGAGAAACUCUCGUUCGAUCCGUUCCCCGGGCGCAAGGGUCUGGUCGAGCGGAACCCACUGAUCAAGCACUCGGGCCCGAAGCAGACCAAGGAGGAGAUCCAGCGGAUCCAGAACGCGGAGCGUUCGACAAACAACUCGGAGAACCAAACCUUCCUGAAGGACCUGGUGAACCAGGUGCUGGCCGGCGAGGGUGUCGGUUGGCUGAAGCUGAACCGGCUCAAGAAGCUGAUGGAGGACGAAUCGUACCGGAUGCUGGUGCUCGGCAAGCUGAACCGUACGCUCGAGCGGAAGAUCGGUCCGGAUGAUCACAUCGACGAUGUGUGCGUAUCGAAGGCAGUUUACAAGGGUACGCUCAAGUGUUUGCUCGCCAUCACGCACGGGCUGGAGCACACGGUCAGCAACUUUGGGCUCGGUGGUAUGGCCUCGGUCUUCCAGAUGAUGGAGGUCGCCCACACCCAUUUCUGGAGCAAGGAGCUCACCGAAGGCGUCGGUACGGACAUGCCCGCCAGUCUGCUGUCGAGCCAGAGUGUUAGCCCGAUGGGCAGCCGGGAGAACCUGCGGUCACCGCAGAGCCCGUCCGAACUGUCCGAGUGGACGGGGCUGGGCGGUGCCGGGUCGUCGCGCAAAAGCUCCACCACCACCACCACCAACGUCACGAUGACCGACCAUGGGGGGGCGCCCAGUGAGCACGAGAACCAAACCACCACCGAGAUGUUCAAGGAUAUGCUCUCGAUGAAGCGCACGAUGCUGUUCAACAAGCUCACCUCCUUUGACUCAGAGGGUAGCGUUGCGUUGCCGGACUCCGCCGGAUCCGGCACC